GACUGCUUGACUUGAGAGUAGCUCUAAAUAAAGUCCUUGACUGAACUUGCUGUGAAUGGGAAUGACACAUUCAACAAUAUAUAUAUAUAUAUAUAUAUAUCUAGGAAGGGAAAACCAUAACAUGUUGCAACACACUAAUGGGAACUGCUGUAAUAGUACACAUUUCCAAAUAAAUAUAAUUAACAAAGUAAAUGUGUUUAUUAAUGGGUGUAAAUAAUCCAGCCAACUGUAUUUUAAAAUGUGUUCUUGCCCAUAUAUUUGUUACAAUAAUACUGAUAUGCUGAUAAUACUGUGGUUUUAAGGUUGUCGUGGUUAGGGUUAGAUGCAAAAGAUGCAAAAGUUUUGGACAGUGAAACAAUUUUUGUUUUGGCUUUGUACUACAGGACACAACGAGGUUAAUGUGCAGAUUUACAGCUUUAAUUUAAAUGUAUUAGCGUCUAUGUGUACGAAUUUCAGACAGUUUUAUACAUCGUCCUCCGUUUUAGGGGAGCAGAACUUCUUGGCUCGUAAUUACUUAUUGGCGUGUUUAUUAAUGUGUACCCAAAACGGUAUGGCAAGUUUCUUCUAAAUACACAAAAGCCUAGUGUUACUCUAAUUUACUGUUAACAUCUGAUUGUGGAACAAUUAAGCAAAACCAUCAUCACCUCAUCAUAGUCCUUCUCACAUUGCGACACUGAACUUUGUAAAUUUGAUAGAAGUUGAAACUUAAAGCAUUGCCAAUAUGUUUUGAUGCUGGUCAUUUCACGGGUUAAAAUGUUAUUAGGGCUCAAAUUGGUUUAACAUUUUACCUAAGCACAGUAAUCUGAAAACCCGUUUUUCUAAAGGCGAAAAUACAUUUAAACUCUUGAGGUUUAUUGUAAGAUAAUACAAAAAUCAAGUUAAGUUUUUUUAGAAAAAACUGGUUGUUAAGUUAAGAAAAACUGGUUGAACUACAUUGACUAAUAAAGCUUCUAUCUUUUUCUUUAUCUCCGUGGAACCUGACUACCGCCACGUUGAAAUGGGGAAAAAACCAUUUGCAUUCAUGUAUAAUCCGUAGUGUAUGUAUCUCUUGCUAAAUAUGGCCUAUUUUUAAAACGCCAAUCAUUAACUACCCAAAAAUAAAAAGGGGGAGUGCACGUUUAGCGCAGAAUUGCGGCCUAGCACGUUCUGUUUCCGAGUGGUCUUCAGGGUGCUGGGUCGUCGGCGCGUAGAUAGGACGAGUGGCGCAGAAAGAGGCCUGGAAAAUGGCGGCUGGGACUGGAGCGGCAAGCGGCCGCACUGGCCGUGGCUCUUCUGCCGCUUUACAGUCGUCUUUAGACCGUCGUUUUCAGGGAGUUUCGAACACCAUGGAGUCGAUACAAGGACUAUCAAACUGGUGCAUCGAGAACAAGAAAUAUCACAACUUUAUAGUGCGAUACUGGAUGAAGUGGCUGAAGAAAUCUGGGGCCUCUCAAAUGCUCAACCUGUUCUACGUCGCCAACGACGUCAUUCAGAACUGCAAGAGGAAGAACGCCAUGAUCUACCGUUCUUCCUUCUCCGAGGUGCUGCCGGAGGCCGCCCUACUGGUCAAGGACCCCAAAGUACGCAAGUCCGUGGAGCGCAUUCUGACCAUCUGGGAGGAGAGGAGCGUCUACCCCGAGGAGCUGAUCGCAGGGCUCCGAGCCAGCCUCGCCAGGAAGGCGCCCCCUAGUGGCCGUUCCUCCGCGCCGCCCAACCCCAAAGCUGCCCUCAAGUCCAAGAUCCUGGCCGAGUUUGCUCCCCCGGCCUUCAUAGAGAAGCUGUCGCAGCACAGGCGGUCUCUGGAGGAGGCGGAGCUUAAGGAGAAGCAGCUGGCGGCUCUGAGAGUGGACGUCUGCAGCACGGAAGCGCUCAAGAGACUCAAGGACAAGGCAGGGGGUAAGAAGUUCUCGAAAGACUUUGAGGAGGGCAGCACAAAGCUUCAGGACUUUGUGGGCUUCCUGGAGCAGCAGCUCAAAGGAGGGCCCCCCCUGCUGGAGGCUCUGGGCAACGCGGACGUGUUCUACGAGAUGCAGUACAAGGAGGUCAAGAUCAUCGCCAACGCCUACAAGACGUUCGCCAACCGCGUGACGCACCUGAAGCGCAAGCUGGACGCCCUGAAGAGCACGCUCCCCGGGCUGGACGACUCGCCCGUCCCCUCGCCGUCCGAGGACGCGCCCUCGCCCACGGGCUCCGAGUCGCCCUUCCGCGACAUGGAGGCCGCGCCCGGCGCCGACGACCUGGACGGCCUGGCCAUGGACGACGGCGACGAGGCGGGCCUCGCCCCGGGAGACGUGCCCAGCCCGCUGUCCUCCCCCGGGGGGGCGUCCCCGCCCCCGGCCGCCGCCGCCGCCCGGCCCGGGGAGAAGGACAACCGGGACGUGGAGGACAUGGAGCUCUCCGAGGAGGAGGAGCCGGGGAGCGCCGGCAUCAUAGUGGAGGAACAGGUUGGGAAGCCAGCCCCCGCCCCCGAGCCCAAACCUGCCACCGUUCCUGCCAAACCCCUGCUGGCCCAAGAGGGAACCCCUGUCAAGGAGGCUCCGCCCCCCGCGACCCCCGUAACCCCAGCGACGCCCGCGACGCCCGCGCCGACUCUCCCGGUCAACCUGGCCAACGUGGACCUGGGCAAGAUCAGCUCCAUCCUCAGCAGCCUGACCUCGGCGAUGAAGAGCACGGGUCUGAGCCCCGUCUCCCGGACCUCCCCGGGGACCCCCGGCACGCCGUCGGCUCCCGGCCCGGCCCAGAAGCCCCCCCCCGCCGCCGCCGCCCCGACCCCCAACCCGCUGGCCAGCAUCCUGUCCCGGGUGGAGAUCAGCCCAGAGAGCCUCCUCAGCGCCCUCUCCAAAACGCAGGGCGCCGGCCGGCAGGGCAUAUCCCUUCUGCAGAGCGUGGCUGGAGGCUCCUCUGGCACCAGCGUCGCCCAGCAACCCGCCCCCGCAGCGCCACCUCGUGGCCACGCCUCCGGCCCCCCCGAGGCCGCGCCCACGCCGUUGCCGACCCCCGAGGAGAGGGGCCCCGCCCCGCCUUCGGCGCCGAACCCCAAAACCCCGCAGGGGGCGGGCCAGGAGCCGGAGCCGGAGAGCAGAGGGGGGGAGGAGCGGGAGGCCACACCCCCCGUCGCCUCCUUCCCCUCCAGCCUGGAGUCCAAGAUCCACAAGUUCCUCCAGGGGAACCCGGGGUUCCGGGCCUUCAACCUGGGCCUGGGGCCCGGGGACGGGCAGGGGGGGGGCAGCAGCGGCAGCAGCCCCUUCCUGGCCACCGAAAACCUGGACGGCACCCCCGUGAGGGACGAGGCCCCGGGCACGCCCACGCAGGACGAGAUGAUGGACGAGCCCGGCCCCCCGAGCGCGGCGGCAGCCCCCGCGCACAACGGCGGCGUCGGGGCCGGCCCCCACGCAGGGAACCCGCCGCCCCCCUCCGCCGGCCUCGCGCCGGGCGAGUUCGGGAGGAGGGGGGACGGGCGCGGCCUGUCCCCCACCGCGUACCGCGCCGAGCCGUGGGGGGCCCCCGGCUCGCCCCGGGACCGCUACGGCGAGGGGCUCCCCAACAGCCAGGGGUUCCGCCACCCCGACCCGACGCCCGGACCCGGACGCCCGCCCCCCGGGGCGGAGCGCUUCUACGACCGGAGAGGCGCCACGGCAGGUGAGCACUACCCCCUCCGCCCCCCCCCGGACGGGAGCGGAGGAGGGGGGGAGGGGGGGGGCUUUGGCGAGGCCGACGCCCAGGCGCCGCACUACCAGCGCAUCCAGACGCUGGUGUCCCCGCCCGCCUGCGGGGGGGGGGGAGGGGGGCCCGCGGAGAUCCUGGGGUACGGCGGCCGCGGGCCGUCCGGCGAGAGGAUCCAGACGGUGGAGAGCAUCCGCGUGAUCGGGCGCGGGGCGCGGCAGCAGCACCCCAGGGGCGAGGAGUCCGGGGGCAGGCCGCCCGGCCCGGGCUGGUACGGAGAGGCGUACGCGGACGGGGCCCAUCCCCGGAACCCCGGCCCCGCCCCUCACAGGCGGCCCGACGACCCCCACAGGACGUUCCCGUUCGAGGAGAGGGGCCGCCUGCCCUACCCCGGGCGAGACCCCCACCCUCCCCAGCGCCCCCGCAUCCCCCCGUCCGACUUCUUCAGCUCGCCGCCCCCGCCCAUCCCCCCGCCGCCCCCUCCCCCCAUCCCGCAGCUGCCCCCGCCGCCCAAAGACUUCCUGGCCCCGCCCUCCUCGGUCAUGGUAGGGGGCGUGCUGGUGCCUGUCGAGCGACCCCUGUCCCAGCCUCCUCCCAGAGGGGGGGAGGGGGAGGCGAACCCCACGACCCCCCCGGCUCUCUUCAAAGAUCUGCCCCACCACGGCGGAGUCAAAGACCAUUUCCCCUCCCGCCAGGCCCCCUCCCUCCACCGGCCUCCGUCCUCCAUGCUGGGGAGGGUCCGCGACGGCCCCAGCCCCCCGCCCUCCUCGCUGGCCCUGCCCUCUCCCCCGCUCGACCGCGCCCACCACCAGCUGAACCAGCGGCCCCCGGGCAGCCCGCCUCCCACCGGCGGCCUCCCUCCCCAAUCCUGCGCCAGCCCCACCCCAAUCACGGACCCCAGCUCCGCCCCCCCCCCACCAGCAGCCGCGCCCUCACCCGCCUCCCCUCGCGCAGAGGCCGCCCCUCCGCGGCCACCUCCCCCGCCCCCCGCCCCAGGCCCACUUCGACCAGGAGCCGCCGUACCGCGGAGGCAAGCGACCGGGGCCUCAUUUCGGCGGGCCACCAAGAGGGGGGUUCGGCGGAAGUCCCUUCUACCCACCAAAAAGGCCUUUCUUGCCCCCACGCUACUGACGCAUCGGUCAUGACACACAUAUAGGUGUUUAAAAAGGGGCGGAGCAAAUAAGUGACAUCAUCCCCCCUGUCUCGCAUAUUACAAAUACUACACGUAUUGGCUGAGUCCAUCUACACACAUGCUCCAUCUGGCUGCUACACACAGCAAAUGGUACGGUGUAUUGCACUAGUCCAGCACACCAAAAACUACAGUUCCCAGCAUCCCUUUCACCAACCUGUCCUAUUGUGUAAGAUGAAGGAGGGGUGAUAUUGAUCGGCCAAAUCCGACCGCACUCUGGCAAGAGGUUCCAUACCUCCCUGCUGAAGUCGAGGGACAGAAACAAUAGGACUAGGGUGAAGAAAAUUAGGUCCGACACAAGAUAGGGAAAGAAAACGACAAGGUGGUCAUUUAAUUUGGUUUAAUUUGGUUCCUUUUUCACCCACAUCCUUCUGGCCUUCUCAGAAUCGGAAGUCUAUAUUUGAGUCAUUCAGGUAGAGGAAUGAAUAUGAGAGGCAGUGUGCUGUGAGGGGAAUAAACCUCACUGAACGAGAAUCUUUCCCUCCAUCCUCCUGAAAUCCUUGUACCUGUCUGUGUGUUAUGCGCUCUGCAGUUGAGUGAUGGGUGACGGUUCUUUUUUUUAAGCUGACCAGAUGUCACCAUGCCCAUCAGCUUUCCAGCUGCGAUCAGUUUUGUCUAAUUUACCAAUUUAAAGCCACAAGUUACCCCUUGGCCAUCGUCCAGGCUGAUAUUAUAAUAUCUCUUUCUGUGUAUACAUAUGAACACUUAUUUAUGUAUGUAUGGACUGAAAGAGUACAUUUGUUACCUUCUCGUCAACAGUUUGUUUUCUUGUAAGGGGGAAAAAAUAUGAAAGUACAAUUACUGUUUUUGCUAUGUUGAAUCAGUUUGAACGCAACAACAGGAAGGAAGCAACAAACUUGUUCAUAAACUGUACGUCAAACAAGUAUCCUCUUUGUAAUAAAGCAGUGGUUCAGCAAUCGAGGGUUAAAGCAAAGACACCCUUCGAAUGGAAUAGCGUAGCGUAGGACUAUUUGAGUUUGAAAUACAAGUGCAGCAAGUUCAAGGGUGAAUCGACUUUUACAUGUACUGAAUUUAAUAAAAAUACAAGUUUGAAAACAA